UAAGCUGAAACGCAAUGACUUGUACAGGGAAAAGAAGAAGUAUAUUUAAUUUGAAGAAAAUAAGAAAUUGAAAAUGGAGAGUUUACUGUGUGAGAAAUGGGAGCUUCAGCCGAGGCAUUCGUCGAAGGAGGUGCUGCAGCGGUGGAGGGAUCUCUGCAGUGUCGUCAAGAAUCCCAAAAGACGAUUCCGAUUCACCGCUAAUAUCACCAAACGCCAAGAGGCUGCUCGAAUGUGCAAAACCAAUCAGGAGAAAUUGAUGAUCUCAGUGCUUGUCUCCAAAGCGGCAUUUGAUUACAGCUCAUCACAGCUCUCCAGCGCAACCAACUGUCACGAAGCUGCACAACCAAUCAGCAUAUCACAGCUCUCCAGCGCAACCAACCACCGCACCGAGCCGCCGUAUCCUAUUCCACCGUUCGCGGCAGCUUUCCCCAUGGCCGAAGAGUUUGUCUCGGCGUUUCGUGACCUGCAGAACAACGCUACAAAUAAUGAAAAAUUGGUGGAGUUUGUCCGCUGCUACUACGUCAACAACCUCAAAGCUCCCGAGUUUUGCUCAGCACUCAAACUCCAUCUCAACCCUACUCACCACCAACCUCCAAAUGAUCCUCCCUUCAUCAUUGUUCAAAACUUCUUCCAUGAAAUAUCCCGUCUCAGCACCAAUCAUCAGAUGAUGGAAAAUGCCCUAAACUCCAUGAACACGAAUUUCACCAAGCAGCUCCAUUCCAUUGCUGUCUCAAAUAAAGUGUAUUCUGUUUUAUUAAACGCAGCGACCAUGAUAUGCGCGGCCGUGGCUGAGAUUGCUGUCGCGGAUGUCAUUCUCAUGAGGGGAUGGGCGAGGGCAGGGGUCGGAGCAGUAGUCGCUGUGGCGUCCAUUGUGUUCGCUGCGCUCGGGGAAUGGCACCGAUCAGUUCUCAUGGAUCGAGAGGCUGCAGUCAAGAAACACAAGGUGAUAAUUGAUCAUAUGAUUACGCUCGCCCGGCCCAUCAUGACGGAUCUCAGCAGGAUUUACUCUGACGCUCACAGCUUGAGGUUCGAGAUCAAAUCUUUGUCCGAGGCUGUUGAUGGCCAGGAGAAACUGGCAGCGGUGGAAAAUUGCUUACUACAUAAUGUUGAAAAAUUCAAUAGUGCUAUGAACUUGGCUAAAGACUUGGUGCUUAAGAGCAUAUUUGAACAGUUAGAUUGAGGCAUAACUAUGUUCAGUUCAAGUAAAAUUAUAGUAACUCCAGUCGAUGAUAAUACGUUGUUUGAUAGUAUUAAUAAGUACGGCACCGUCCCGGCUAAGAUGGAAUAUUUCUGAGGUGGUAUGGAAGUUUAGGAGUUGAUGAUUGAUGCGUUUAAUUGAAGAGAAAAAUGUGAAUGUAAAUGUCAAAUGGAGAGAUAAAGAGAGUUGAAUAUUUUAAUUGUAUUGCUCCAUUUUUAGUAACAAAUCAUCUUAGUUGAGA